AUGACUUCUACGAGAGAAAUCGUACCCAGAAAAGAGAGGGUCUUGUUGCCCCGGGAGAUUGAAGGGAUGAUCUCGGCAGGACAGGUUAUUGUUAUCAUAGACAACAAGGUUCUCCGCCUCGACUCCUGGGUUCCGUAUCACCCAGGAGGACUCAAACCGGUCCAGCAUAUGAUUGGGAAAGACGCAACUGAUGAAUUCACGAUAUUCCACUCGGAAGAAACACGCCAAUUGAUCGACCGGUACCAAGUCGGCAGGAUCAACGGGCGUUGGCGGAACAUGCUGCCUCCAAUUCAGGGUGGUAGCUGUCGGCCAUACGCCGAAAAGUCUGCGGAAGCUCAGGAUGCAACCGCCGUGGACUACUGGCCCAAGGCAUUUCCCUCAAAAAAGUCAAAGUGCGUCGAAAACUUGGGCAUCCAACAAAGGCUCGGCAGUUUCCAUUACUUACCGCAUGAACCUUCGAAGCCAGACAACCAGAAGCUGGCGUUUCUGGAUGGUCUGUCUAGAAAUGAAAUCAUGAAUACUCUGAACAAUUACCCAGCGCUAGAUGAAGCAACACAGGUUAAAAUAACUCAGAGAUACCGCCGUCUUCAUGAUCAGAUCCGGGCAGAAGGACUCUAUAAUUGCAACUAUACGGCAUACGCUUGGGAAUUCGGACGCUGCUUGUUUCUUUUUGGAGCUAUGCUGCUCUUCCUCCGCAUCAGAUGGUUCUGCGCCAGCGCCGUAUUCCUGGGCUGUUUCUGGUCUCAGCUGGUCUUCUGCGCCCAUGACGCUGCCCAUUUGAGCAUUACUCAUAAUUUCACUAUCGAUAGCCUUAUUGGCAUGAUUAUUGCUGGCCCCAUGGGGGGGCUUUCUUUAGGCUGGUGGAAACGGAACCAUAAUGUGCACCAUAUUGUCACCAAUGCGCCGGAGCAUGAUCCUGACAACCAACAUCUUCCACUUUUGGCAGUAAGCCACAGGUUUCUGGAGGGCAUAUUUUCCACCUACUACGAGCGCCGCAUACGUUAUGGCAGAGCCGCCAGUAUGCUUGUGCCAUUUCAGGCAUAUUCAUAUUAUUUUAUCCUCAUGUUUGGCCGCUUCAAUCUGUACAUCCAAUCCUGGACAUUCCUUGCGGGGGGCCAUGGCCCGAAAAAGGGAUCGGCAUGGUGGCAUCGGUGGUUUGAGAUCGCUGGAAAUGUUCUCUUUUGGCUCUGGUUUGGAUAUGGUGUUGUCUACAAAUCCAUUCCCACCGGUUGGAGUCGGUUUUCCUUUAUUAUGAUCAGCCACAUGGUUACAUUGCCACUUCAUGUGCUGUUCACUUUGUCACACUUUGCCAUGUCUACCGCCGAUUUGGGGCCUAACGAGUCCUUCGCUCAGAAAAUGCUACGGACAACUAUGGAUGUUGAUUGUCCUGAAUGGCUAGAUUUUGCCUAUGGCGGCCUCCAAUUCCAGAUAGUACAUCAUUUAUUCCCUAGGGUGCCGCGACAUAACCUAAGGCAUACGCAAAAACUGGUACAGCAGUUCUGCACGGAAACUAACAUUCCCUACACCCUAUACGGGUUUGUUGGCAGCAAUAAAAAGGUGGUGAGUAGCUUAACUGAAGUCAGUCGGCAGGCUACCACCCUAGCCAAAUGCCAGCAGGCUAUUGCGCAGCGGGCAGCGGACUACCUGAAAGCAGAGCACGAAAGGGAGGGACUGACCAAAGAUUAUAAUCUAACCUGUGAUUGAAUCAUGAUGAGCUUCGAUGGAAGGAGGUUCUUGGGCCCGGGAUGAGACUGCCCAUGGGCGGCGGUUUAAAUCACAAUUGGGUCACUAGUCAAGCCGUGGACAAAACAUAUGUGGAUGGUAGGGUCCAGAUAGUCAUGCAAAACUUGGACGCCGUCCGGGAACAGAUAAUCUUCAGCCACCAACUACAGUGAUUUUGCCUAACUAGUAAUGUCAUUGUUAGAAAGGACCUGCCUUUUUCUCUUUUACAGUAUUAUUCAAUGAGAAAAGCUCUCGCCUUUCCAUACUAG